AUAACAACAAAUGAAAAAAAUAAAUAAAACCAGUGGGUCCCAAUCAUCUUUAAGAUGACGUGGCAAUAUGCAAAAUGGACGAAAACUGGAGGGGAGCUGAACCGGAAAGAAAAAAGGGCAUAUAGAGCUGAUCUGAAUGAAUUGAUUUAAACAAAAAAUAAUAAUAAUAAUAAAGGGAAGAAAGUCACAUUUUCAACUUGACAAUUUUUAAUUUCUUUUAUUUCACUCCUGUUGUCUUCAAAUCGUUGUUGAGAUUUGUUGAAUCAUGGGAGUUAAAAGAGAUUCUAAGUUACAUGAAGCUGAUGUUAUUUGCGCAUCGUUUUAAGCUUAGAAAUCGAAUAUGAGAAACGUAAACGACAGCGUCGAGACCGUCAACGCCGCUGCCUCAGCCAUCGUGUCCGCCGAGUCCAGAGUCCAGCCUACCACCGUUCAGAAGAAAAGAUGGAGAAGCUGCUGGAGCCGUUACUGGUGCUUUGGAUCUCACAGAAACAGUAAGCGAAUUGGCCAUGCUGUCCUUGUCCCUGAACCAGUGGUAACUGGAGCUGCAGUCUCAACUGCUGUAAAUGCAAGUAAUCCAACUGGCAUUGUAAUGCCCUUUAUUGCCCCGCCCUCAUCUCCUGCAUCAUUCCUCCAAUCAGAUCCUCCAUCUGCCACCCAAUCACCAGCUGGAUUGCUAUCCCUAACUACUCUAUCAGUUAAUGCCUACUCCCCCUGUGGACCUGCAUCCAUUUUUGCCGUAGGCCCUUAUGCACAUGAAACACAGUCAGUCACACCACCGGUGUUCUCUGCCUUGACAACUGAACCAUCUACUGCUCCUUUCACACCCCCUCCUGAAUCUGUUCAACUGACUACACCUUCCUCCCCUGAAGUACCAUUUGCUCAGCUGUUGACAUCUUCAUUGGAACGUGCUCGGCGGAACAGUGGGAUCAAUCAGAAAUUUGGAUUAUCCCAUUAUGAAUUUCAGUCUUAUCAAAUAUACCCUGCGAGCCCUGGUGGUAAUCUCAUAUCACCUGGGUCAGCAAUCUCUAAUUCUGGCACAUCCUCUCCUUUCCCUGAUAGACGUCCAAUCCUUGAGUUCCGCAUGGGGGAGGCCCCCAAAAUCUUAGGAUUUGAACAUUUUACUACUCGCAAAUGGGGUUCAAGGCUGGGUUCUGGAUCAUUGACGCCAGAUGGACUUGGGCAAGGUUCAAGACUGGGUUCUGGAUGUGUGACUCCUGAUGGUAUGGGCUUGGGUUCAAGAUUGGAUUCGGGAUCAUUGACUCCUGAUGGUUUGGGUCCAGCCUUACGAGAUGGUUUUCUUGUGGAGAGUCAGAUUUCUGAGGUAGCAUUGCUUGCUAACCCAGAGAAUGGACCUAAAAAUGAUGAAAUUAUAAUUGAUCACAGAGUCUCUUUUGAGUUGAGUGGUGAAGAUGUUGCACGCUGUCUCGAAAACAAGUCAUUGAUAUCAAGUAGAACCAAGUCAGAAUAUCCAAAGGAAUUGGUUGCAGAGGGCAGGAUAGAAAGCCAUGGAAUCAUGAAGGAUAUAGAAAGUUCUUGUGAGCUGUUUAUUGGGGAAACUUCCAACGAAACAGUAGAAAAAGCUUCAGGAGAUGCUGAAGAGGAGCAUUUUUAUCAAAAGCAUCGUUCUGUUACUCUUGGGUCAAUUAAAGAGUUCAACUUUGACAAUACGAAAGGAGAAGCUUCUGAUAAGCCUGCCAUCAGGUCCGAGUGGUGGGCCAAUGAAAAGGUUGCUGGAAAGGAAGCUAGGCCUGGUAACAACUGGACUUUCUUCCCUAUGCUGCAGCCAGAGUUGUUUGUCCUGAAGGUUGUACUUCCCCAGAGACGCAGCGUCAACAAUCAACAGUCUGUAUAGUUAGGUGUUGGACCGAAGGCUAGUUUUCAGAGGUCAUAAGAGUCUUUAUUCCUUAUGACCUGAAAGAAGAUCCAGUGAGGGAAUGGUUCAUAGGGAUCAACAGUGUGGGUACUGAUAAUAGAGCAUUUCUUUUAAUAUUCCUUUACCUGAUGUUAUACAAAAGAAAAAAAAAAGAGUAGUAUUCACAUAUAGUGUUGUGUUAUUGUUAUGUUCUUCUAAAUAUGUAAUAAUGAGAAGGAUGAUUUCUUUUCUUAUGCUAGUAAAUUGCAGCUCAUUUGAUGAUUUCUGUAUUUGAUAUCUUGCUCUUGUUAGGCAACGACAAUAUGUCAGCUCCCUCUCAAUAACAUUCCACUACCCACUAUAUGC